UCGUUGGUCCACACAUCCACACACCACACGCCAUGAGGGUCACGCGGGCGAAGCAGUACCGGAGGCAUCUCCGCUUCUUCAGAAUCGUCUACGGGAUCUCUGCUCCGUACAAGGUAAUUCUGGACGGCAAUUUCAUCCAUGGAUGCAUCUCCUCAAAGGUCGACAUCGAAAAAAGAUUGACCAGCGUCCUCCAGGGGGCAAAGAUGCACCUGUUCGUCCCGCGAAGCGCGAGAGAGGAGCUCAAGGCGCUAGGACCGGAGUUCCAGAAGGCGUACAACUUCGCAAUAGGGCACUGCAGAGGGCUCCCGCCACCCCGGAACGAAAACCAAGCGGGGGGGGCGGGGUCGGGAUCGGACGAGGAGGGGGUAGGGGCAGGGGGCGGAGAGAAAGGGCCAGACCCAGCCAAAGAAAUUAUCGCGGCGAUCGGGGCAGACAACGAGGGGAAGUACUUGGUCGCCUCGCAGGACGAGAACCUGCGGAUGCGCCUGCGGAGGGUUCCGGGCUGUCCGCUGGUGUUUGUGUCACGGACGGUUCUGGUGAUGGAGCAGCCGUCGGGGAAGAGCAAGGCCGAGUUCGAGAAAGCCGAGCGAAAGAAAGCCGUAGGAACGACAGAGGAGGAGGACAGGGUGCUGGCCGUCCUCAAGAAGAGGGAGCGGGAGGAGCGCGAGAGGGAGAGGGCAUUGCAGCCGCGAAAACGCUUGAAAAAGAGGGCCACCGCCCCGAACCCGCUCUCCGCCAAGAAGAGCAGCAAAGGCAAAGGCAACAGCAAUAGCAGCAGCAGCAGCAGAGGUGGCGGCGGUUCCGGCGCUAAGGGUGGCGGGGCUGAAGGCGGCGCCGCGAAGGGAAAGGCGGCCGGCACGGCCGCGUCGGGAGGCUCGGGAAAUCGCGUUCGUAGGAAGCGAAAAAAACCGUCAUCAUCGUCGGCGGCAUCUGGGAGUGGCGGCGCUUAGGUUGGGUUGUUAUCGUUGUGUUCGGCGGGGUGGGCCGGGAAGGAGAGGGCGCGAGGGAGAGGGAGGUUGUAGGAGGCCUGUUGGUCUGGACGAUGUGUCGGUGUACGGGGUGUGGGGGUGCGAGGGAGAUGGCAGUAGGUAGCCCACCCCUGAGGGCGACGAUCGUGUCGCAAGGUGGGUCUUCUCCGUUCCAGACGCAGAAGUGCCGGGUGCGUUGAAUGUUUUGUGGUGUGACUAUGGUGAUGGAGCGGAUGAUGGCCAUGGGGGGUGUUACUGUGAUACCCAGCUCGGUGGUGUUGUGAUGGUUGUGAUGCACUUAACGUUUUUGAGAGAAAAAAAUAUUGUCUAGACCUACUUGGAAGCAGUUGCAUUUGGUAGUUUUUGACGAUUGCAAAAAGUGGUUUCGACUAAGAAUACGCAUGAGUCAGUACGUAAAUGGAGCGUGACUUACGAGCGGAAAAAGCAACCUUUUACCCGCCGUU